UUAACAUUCUGUACCUGACAUAUUUGUGAAAGAAAUAAUAAAGUUAAAACUUAAUUUAUGUUUUUCUAUUAUUACUUAAUAACAAAAUAAUAACCGGCACAUGUACUUCUAAGAAUACUUAGUCCUGUGGUAGUAUCAAAAUGGGAGAACGCAAGGGCCAAAACCUUUACUAUCCCCCUGACUAUGAUCCUAAAGUCGGGGGGUUAAACAAAUUCCAAGGGACUCAUGCAUUACGAGAAAGAGCAAGGAAACUUCACAUGGGUAUCUUAAUUAUAAGAUUUGAGAUGCCAUACAACAUAUGGUGUGAUGGCUGCAAAAACCAUAUUGGUAUGGGUGUUAGGUACAAUGCGGAGAAGAAGAAAAUUGGAAUGUACUACAGUACUCCUGUUUAUCAAUUUAGAAUGAAAUGUCAUUUGUGUGACAAUCAUUUUGAAAUUAAAACUGAUCCAGGAAAUUUAGAUUAUGUUAUAGUAUCUGGAGCAAGACGCCAGGAGAAUCGCUGGGAUCCGACCGAGAAUGGUCAAAUUGUGCCUGAAACAAAAGAGACUCAGAAAAGGUUAUUUGAUGAUGCUAUGUUCAAGUUGGAACAUAAAACUGGUGAUGUGGAUCUCAGUAAACUGGAUAAGCCGAGGCUCGGAAAACUUGUUGGAAGAAAUGAAACUGUUUGGAAAGAUGAUUAUGAAGCUAAUUGCUCUUUGCGUAGGGAUUUUAGGAAAAGGAGGAAGGAAUUAGAAGAAUCAGCAAUUACUGACAGUCUGUUGCUAAACAGAUCAUCUCUUGACAUUAAUUUACUGCCAGAAAGCGAGGAAGAUAAAAACUUAGCAUCACUACUUGCAUUACGACCAUCGCGGAGUAUUGAAGAGAGUCAUAAAAAUGUUCGAAUCAAAAUCCUUAAUAGUCCAGCAUUACCAAGCUCUAGUGGACUAAUAACAAGCUUUGGAGGGUUAAAAAAGGAGGAAUCGCUAAGUAAAAGUUCUCCACUUACGAGAAAUAUUCUUGGUAUAACAAUAAAGAGAAACAAAGACUCUACAGAAUGUUCUACAGUUAAGAAAAGUGAAUGUAAAAAUGAAAAUAAAUCAACAGAAAAAUGUCCUACAAUUAAUGGUGAUAGUACAGAUGUUUUAAAAAAGAAUGAAAAGAUAUCUUUGGUAGGGGAUUACGGAUCUAGUGGAGAAAGUUCAGAAGGAUAAGAGUUAAGUUUUAUAUAAUGGAGAAUUUGUACUAAUUUUUGCACUUUGUAAUAUAUUUUUAAAUGCCCU